AUGCAAGUGAUACCACCAGAAAUAAAAAAGAUCUUAGACAAAUGGAACAUCAGAGGACUUGUGAUAAUGUCUCUGUUGUUCCAAACGUUUCUCAUCUUCCUCGCGCCGCUUAGGAAACGCAUAUCAAAGAAGUGGGUCGCUGCGGUUCUAUGGACAGCGUAUCUUUUAGCGGACUGGACCGCUAAUUACGCGGUGUCUCAGAUCACUAAGAACCAAGGGAAAGAACCAGAACCUGGUGAUCCUCCAAAAAACAAGAAGCUACUUGCUCUGUGGGCACCGUUCUUGUUGCUGCAUCUUGGUGGUCCAGACACCAUAACCGCCUUGGCUCUUGAGGAUAAUGCGUUAUGGAAACGUCAUUUGCUUAGCCUCGUCUCUCAAGCGCUCGCAGGUGUUUAUGCGGUGGUGCAAUCGAUGGAAAAUGUAUUAUGGCCACCAAUCACACUGUUAUUCAUCACCGGAACAAUAAAGUACGUGGAGAGGACACGAGCAUUGUACUCGGCGAGCUUAGACAAGUUCAAAGACAGAAUGCUUAAACCAGCAGACACUGGUCCUAACUACGCUAAGCUAAUGGAAGAGUACGAUUCCAGAAAAAAGUCAAACCUCCCAACUGAAAUCUUCUUAACCGAAGAACCCGGCAAGCACGAGAGACCCCCGACACUCGUAAAACCCGACCGCGAAUACUUAACCAAUCUCGAAAUCGUUCAAUACGGCUACAAGUUCUUCGAGACUUUCAAAGGUCUUGUUGUUGAUCUCAUUUUCAGUUUCCGUGAGCGAGACGAAAGCAGAGAUUUCUUCAAAAAGUUGAAACCUGGAGAAGCUCUUCGGAUUAUAGAGACCGAGCUCGGUUUUUUAUACGAAUCAAUGUAUACUAAAACCGCGAUUCUUCAUUCGAAAACCGGUACUCUGUUUCGGUUGAUUGCGUUUGGAACACUUCUUGCAUCUUUUUUUCUAUUCCAUCGUAGACCGCUUAAGUAUGAUGAGUUUCAUGGAGCUGAUGUUGUGAUUACUUACGUUUUGUUUUUCGUUGGCUUUGCGCUUGAUUUUGCCUCAUUGGUCAUUUUCUUGCUCUCGGAUUGGACAUUCGCUGUAUUGAGACCGCUUAAGGAUGACCCCGAGGAAGAAAAGAGCUCUAUCGACUCUUUAUUCAACUGGUUUCUCGAGUUUAGGAAACCGCAGUGGAAGGAGCAUAUAUGCAACGGUAACCAGAGCCACGAGGUGCUCACAACGGGGUUUUUCUCACGGAGAUGGUCAGGUACUAUCUAUGGUUUCAAUUUCAUCGGAUUUUGUCUGAAAGCCAAAGUUUCAAGAAUCCAUCAGAAGAGAAGCUGCAACCUUUUCGUGUGGGAUUCCAUCGUUUUAGUAUUCGAUCGGGUAAUCAGAAGCAUCCAGAUGUUGGUAGGAUCGAUCAAGGAUGUUAAUAGAUCAAUCAGAAGUGUUUUGAGGCAACGGUCUAAGAAAAAUAAGAUGUUUCGUUACACAGUUUACGCGGUAUACCUAGUGCUUUUUGCGGGUAUUCCUGAAGUUUUCGCGGUUCUUUGGGGCUACAUUGAUAGAAUCUUCAGUGUUAAAUCUUAUCUAGACGAGAUUAGGUUCAUAUCGAGAGAGCCUUUGACAAAGAAUCAAUGGGAAUUCAUAUUCUACGAGCUCAAGGAUAAGUCCGAGUUUGCGGAAAAACCUGAAGACGCAAAGAAAGUGUCUUGGGCGAGAGGAGAAUGGGCUUUACGGGAUACAAAACUGGUGGAAGUUGAUAGAUUAAUGCUUUAUAUAGAGAAUGUUGAUUAUGAUCAAAGUCUCCUCCUUUGGCAUAUUGCUACUGAGCUCUGUUUCCAAAAAGAAGAAGGCGAAGAGAUCAAGAAUCUGAGCAGCGAAAGCUACGACGACCGCGAAUUCAGCAAGAUUAUAUCGGACUACAUGAUGUAUUUGUUGAUAAUGCAACCGAAACUGAUGUCGGAAGUGGCUGGAAUCGGGACAAUACGGUUCAGAGACACUAAAGCUGAAGCUGAGAGGUUUUUCAAAAGUAGGUAUAUCAAGGACUCGAGAGAUAUGAAAGGAGCGAGUGAGACGGUUUUAUCAGUUGAUAACAAGAUUGAGCCAAUGCUUGUGAAGGGAGACCGAAGCAAGUCGGUUCUUUUCGAUGCGAGUAUGCUGGCGAAAGAGCUUCAGAAACUGAAAGAGAGUAGGAACGGAGAUGGGAAGUGGAGAGUGUUGAGAAAAGUGUGGGUUGAGUUGCUAUGUUACGCAGCAAGUCAUUGUAAAGCUACGGAGCAUGUGGCGCAACUUACAAGAGGUGGAGAGCUUCUUAACUUUGUUUGGUUGUUAAUGGCUCACUUCGGUUUAGCUGAUCAGUUUCAGAUCAAUAAAGGAGAUGCUAGAGCUAAACUCGUUGUAGGAAAGUAAUAAAUCUGUUUUUAGUUUUUUGU